AUGACCCCCGUGGCCCGAUCGGCCAUCCUCCGCCCAUCACCCAGGAGCCUCUCCACCUCUGCUCCCCGCCGCGGCCCCGCGCCUCGGAACCCGGGCUCCGACCUGUGGAACCCGAAGGACAUGUGGCGCAAAGCCUCGCCGCGAACGAAAACCUUUGUUGUGCUGGGUGUCGCGGUGGCCGCCGUCGCCGAGGGGGGAUUUUGGGCGACCUUUGGGCCGCGCAUCUUCGGCAGGGACAAGACGGCCGAGUAGAUUUGCACACACUUCUUCGUCGUCAUCUGUACCAAGACGCUGAGGGAAAGAAAAGGCAGGCAGACAGAUUGUGUAUCGUUAUUUGUUUCCCAAAUCUACUCAUAAUUAUCCCA